CUCCGAACCUACAGUGCAAAGAGGAAGGCUCAAUAUUUACAAGGGAGAUGAGAGUUGUGUAAGGUCGGUGAAUCUGCGUUUUAGGCAAAUAUUAGAAACAACAGGGCCAUAGUUUUUCCAGUUAGCCAUCAGAAUGGAGCUGAUUUUACCUAAACAUGUCACCUGACGUCCAAUUUAACGAAUAAACAACUUGCUCGUUAGCCAGCCUCAAGUAGUUAGCUUUAAUGGAGUCUUCACCUCAUGUUGAUGCAGGACAGCUAAGAAGUGUUUUUCCAUCAUGGAGGUUGUAGCUGACUUCCUGAAUGCGUUCAUCAAUGACGCCAGUAGGUUUUCUGUGACACUCAGCCUCUUCCUCAUUUUUCUGGGCCUCCUCUACUGGUAUUCAGUCUACCCCUUCUCAGUCCUCUCUCGAUGUGGCAUCAAACAUCCAAAGCCAGUUCCUUUCCUGGGCAACAUAUUUAUGUUUCGUGAGGGUUUUUUCAGCCCUAUGUCUGACCUUGUAAAGACAUACGGUAGAGUAUGUGGCUAUUAUUUGGGCCGCAGACCAGUGGUGGUGGUAGCAGACCCUGAUAUGCUCCGACAAGUGAUGGUCAGGGAUUUCAGCAGCUUCUCUAACAGAAUGACUUCUCGCUUUGCCACCAAGCCCAUGUCUGACUGUCUGCUCCUGUUAAAGAAUGAACAAUGGAAAAGAGUGCGGAGCAUUCUGACCCCGUCCUUCAGUGCUGCCAAGAUGAAAGAAAUGGUUCCGCUGAUCAAAACAGCUACUGACGCCCUGAUGAACAACUUGAGUGUCCACGCUGAGUCAGGAGAGGCCUUUGACAUCCACAGGUGUUUCGGCUGCUUUACCAUGGAUGUCAUUGCCAGCGUGGCGUUUGCCACUCAGGUGGACUCACAGAACAACCCAGAUGACCCCUUUGUCAACCACGCUCAGAUAUUCUUCUCCUUUUCUUUCUUCAGGCCCAUCAUGAUGGUUUUCAUUGCUUUUCCUUUCAUCAUGGCUCCUCUGGCGAGAUUCAUCCCCAACAAAAGACGAGACCAAAUGAAUCAGUUCUUCAUCAACAGCAUUCAGAAGAUCAUCAAGCAGAGAGAGGAGCAGCCCCCUGAGCAGAGGCGUAGAGACUUCCUUCAGCUGAUGUUGGAAGCUCGAACCAGUGAAGAGAGUGUGUCUUUGGAGCACUUUGACACCGCAAACCACACUGAUGAAGUCGAUCACAGGAACCAGAGGACACAGCUGUCAGCCUCGGAUCAGGACAGCGGCCGUCCAAACCCACAAGAGUCACCCGUCGGGCGGCCACAGAAGAAAACGAUGACUGAGGAUGAGAUCGUGGGUCAGGCUUUUGUCUUCCUCCUGGCAGGUUAUGAAACCAGCAGCAACACGUUAGCCUUCACCUGCUACCUCCUGGCCCUCCACCCUGAAUGUCAAUGCAAAGUGCAGGAAGAGGUGGAUGAUUUUUUCACCAGAUAUGACUCACCGGAUUACACAAAUGUCCAGGAGUUGAAGUAUUUGGACAUGGUUAUAAGUGAAGCAUUACGCCUCUACCCACCUGGAUUCAGGUUUGGACGCGACAUCGACCAUGACUGUGUGGUGAACGGUCAGUUCCUUCCUAAAGGAGCAACACUGGAGAUCCCAGCAGGCUUCCUCCACUACGACCCCGAGUACUGGCCAGAGCCGGAGAAGUUCAUCCCUGAAAGGUUUACAGCAGAGGCUAAGGCCAGUCGACAUCCAUUUGUUUACCUGCCGUUUGGGGCCGGCCCCCGUAACUGUGUGGGAAUGAGGCUCGCCCAGCUGGAAAUCAAAAUGGCUUUGGUGCGUCUGUUCCGUAGGUUCAGCAUCGUGGCCUGCUCUGAGACCAAGGUUCCUCUUGAGUUGAAGUCAUCAACCACUCUGGGACCGAAAAAUGGCAUAUUUGUAAAAAUCACAAGGAGAGACCUGGGAGAAAAGUGAAGCCGGUUUUCCAUCAGAUGAUUAGAAACUCUCUAUUCAUCUUCUGCUAAGACAGAACAAUUCUUUGACAAGUUACAAAGAGUCCAUGAGCAAAGAAACAAAUCUCAGUGGUGCUGAAACCAGCUUCAAAAAUAUCCACAUUUCCACUGCAAAAUUAAAAAGAGUGUAGUGUUUUUAAAAAUUCUCUUAACUUGCCCUAUCCUUCAGAAAAUGUGUGAGGAUGUGUACAGAGCUGAGGCAAACAGUGUUCAAACCCUGGAUUGUUUUCAGCGUUAACAGAAUGAACGGCGAGCACACACUACCAGUCAAAAGUUUGGACACACCUUCUCCUUCAAUGCUUUUUAUUUACUUAUUUUCUACAUUGUAGAUUAGUACUGAAGAUUAACACUUUUUGUUUACAACAUAACUCAAUAUGUUUUCUUUUAUUGUUUCGAUGUCUUCAGUAAUAAUCUACAAUGUAAAAAAUAUUGAAAUAAAAGCCAGUGAUUGAGAAGGUGUGUCCAAAUUUUGCCUGGUAGCGUAUAUUUAGUGGAUUGGUUAAAGCGGCUUACUAUACCUUUAAUAGCUUAACUUCUUUUAACAUUUUACUGCAGUAAUAUGAUAACAUAAUAAUUGAGACUUUUGCAGUAUAUAGUUAAAUAUAAUAAUUACGCUUGUUGAGCUCAAAUGUCACAAUGCCCCUCAUCAAAUCUGUUGCCUGAACAUGAUAAAUUUGCUCAUUAUAUCACCAAAUGGGCAGCUCGUCUGUUCAGUCCUCAGCAGGGCAGCUGUUCACUUUUCUUCUGCUACAGCAUUCACACAGUGAUCACUUACAGUAAUAUGUUUCUCUACAGGGUUUGGUAUUAAUGGUAUCUCCCCAUAGUUUGAUGUUCCAAGAUUAUCUUUACAUUUACUAAAUACAAAGUCAUUUGACAUGAGAUUGGUGCAUUGUUUGGCAAGAGGAUAAAUCCAAACACGUUUGUAGGGUUACUGAUGAUACAUAAAUGAACAUACUGAAUACUUUAUUGGUCAAUGUUCUGCACCAGCAAAACUACAUAACUGAAAGCUGCUAUUUUAGUGGGGUUUUUUAAAGGAAAGAAGUCCUUUAUGUUGUUUUUAUUCCUGAUUACCUCUGACAAGGUUUGACAUAUUGCAGUAAAAGAAACAUUUCCUAAUGACAUUCCUAUCCUACAUUUCUCAGUGAAUACUAAGGCUCACUGUAAGGCAUAGGAGUACAAGCCUCUCUUGGUGAAUUCAUUCAUUUUUCUCACAGGAGAACAGAAGCAUAAUAAUUAAUCUUGUAGGAAGGUUAAUCUGUGAAAUUUAGAAUUGUAGCCAAUGCUUGGGAGUGAUCUGGGAUGCUUGAAACAAUUUUAAACUAGAAUGUGCACAAUAGGAGUGAUUUCAUGAUGAUUCAUUCAAAUGUUUCUGUGAAACAUACAUUAUGUGCAUUUAAACUGAUCAAAUGCCACUUGUAAAAAAGGGAAAUAAAAGAUUUUAGUGUGUUAAACGCACUGUGAAAAUAAAGGAGUUACUGUGGACUGUU